GAAAAAGUACUCUUCUCAAAGGAGAUCAUAACCACUUUUCGCAAGUUUCGGUAAAAAAUUGUUCCAAUGUUUUGAAUGUCAAAAUGACAGAUAUUGUAGGUGGUAUAUUAAGUCAGUUGUCUUCAUUUCUUCCAACAAAAGAGGUCCAAACUGUUGUCGUGAAAGAAGUUCAAGAGAUGGCGCUGACGCAGGGAAGAAACUUUAUCCGUGUUGCUGGUCUCUCGGGGGGACUUGCUGUUAUCAUGUCAGCGUACGGGGCACAUGCAUUUAAUUCACAAACUGAGGACACAAGACUUAAACAUGUAUUUGAAUCGGGCAAUAAGAUGCAUUUGAUUCAUUCAGUGGCUCUCCUUGCAGUGCCGCUAACCAGAAGACCUAAAUUGGUUGGCGGUUUAAUGACAUCCGGCCUCCUACUGUUCUCUGGUACAUGUUAUUAUCAGGCAAUGACAGGAGAUGGACGUGUAAGAAAGGCCACUCCAUAUGGUGGAAUCCUCCUCAUUCUCUCAUGGUUUGCCAUGAUUCUGUGAUAAAACGUUGUUUUAAAUGUACAGUUUGAUAUAUGUGUGUGAGGUUUUUUUGGGAAAAAACUGAAGUCUUAAAUAGGCUGACAUAACAGUGAUAACAGUGUCCAAAUGUAAAAUUACUCAACUGUGAAAGAAACUUAACAUGUAAUAUUAUAAAGAUAACAUGUAUCUUAGGGUGUUGGAGUAAUAAUGUAUAUAUGCAACCUGAGAACUGAAAUAACAUCUGUUGCGGACAUGUGUUAUUUUUAUUAUUUUACUGAACCAACAUUUUAAUGUAAUUUUUUCACUGCUAUGCAUUAUUUACUUCAAGAGCCAGUUAUCAUAGAUUUUGAUCAGGGGAGAGAACUAGAACAUUAUGUUUUCUUAAGUCUAUAUAGAUUACUCUCCCCUGGGGAAUUGAAAAAAAAAAUUGAUCGGUUGAUACACAUAUCCAGGAUGAUAGAUGGAAAUACACCUUGUAAUGUCACAUUAGGCUAUAUAGUAAAAAGUUUAUAUGAAGUAUAUAUAAUAAAUUGAAUAAUUAACUAUAUAAAACAGUCAGAUGUUAUAUGGAGUAAAUUGUGGAAAAUAACAUAUUAAUCUAUUGCAGUUGAAUUAUACUGUAUUACAAAAACUUAACAGAUAUAAACUUAAAGUUUCUUUUGCAGUUGAAUAUACAUUAGGACAGGGGUUUUAUAAAAGAAUUUACAAGUGCUUUCUAUUUUGAGGAUCAAAGUCAUCUUUGUAGGUGGGAAUUAUAAUGGUGUAUAGUAUUAACCAUGUAUAGUACGAACUUUGUUAGUCACCUUGUAGUUUAGUUGUCUUACAUUUGAGUUAUUUGGUAAGUAAGUUAACUUGUUCAUUAUUAAUGAUGGUUGUUAUUUAUUUUUGACAUUACUAAAUGUUGUUAUAUGUUUUAGAUGUUUAUACCAUUAGUUUACAUUAUUGGCUGGUAAUUUACCAUUAAUCAUUAAUAGUUUCUUCAAACACUGUGUGUGAAACUUCACCCCACAUAUGAUAAUAGUUUAUUCACCACAUUCUUUAGAGGUGUCCGUGGCUGAGUAGUUAAGGUCGUUGACUUCAAACCACUUGUCACUCACUAUCCUACCAGGGACUUUCAAUUCUUUCAUGUGAGGAAACUAUCUAACCAGCCUACAGGAGGCUAAUAGUUCUCGGUGCCUGAUUUAAUGCACGGGGAAGGGGAGCCUUAGGUCUUCCUCCACCAGUAAAGUUUGAAAGUCCAAUGUGACCUCUACUGUGUUGGUGU